UCUCCUCCUGCAAUUCACAGAAAGUCAUCACAUGUACAGUACGACUCAGCAUCUAGCAGACGUAACACCGGACAAUCCAAGCAAUGCACAGUUAGACUGAAAAGACAUCUUUCAAUAUUUUGGACUACAAGGUCUCUGACUCUAGCCUAGAGGGUGUCUUGGAGAGUGCUUCCACUUCUCCACACUCUGUCUGUUGCCCAAACUGUAUGGAAAACAAACUGCAUGCUGACAAGAUAAGAAAGAAAUGUUCUUCUUCAUCAUUCUGGGAUUGAUGGUGACCCAUUCUGCUCAGGAGACGGCUGCCAACCGCUGUGAUGAGCUGAGCACUAAGCGUUUUUAUACACAGUGCACUUCCUGUGCUGCAUCUCCCGGCAUGCUUUGCCCCAGUGGCUCCAGAAAGAUCACCACGGACAUGGGAAUCAAAGGCUGCAGUUAUGGUGUUGAAAUUGGCGAUGGGUGGGUUUUCCCAAUUGGUUGCCGACACUCCUGCGAGACCCAGGUCAUGGUCCGCAAAUGCUGUUCCAACUUUUGGGGUCCUCUCUGUCUUCCGUGUCCUAGCGUUUCCGAUAGGAUGUGUAACUGGCUUGGUUCAUGCAUGGAUGGGAUGACAGGAAAUGGAACUUGCAUUUGUAAUGAAGGAGUAACUGGCUUCGCAUGCGAACACUGUAAGAAGCAAGAUGUUUAUGGUUCGCAGUGUGCCUCUGAGUGCACCUGUUCCAAUAAAGGGCAAUGCAACUCCGGUCCCAAUGGAGAUGGACAGUGUUACUGCCAGCCUCCAUACACUGGAUCUAAAUGUCAGGAAGUGAGCCAAUCCUGCGCAAACUGUACAGGCUACUCCUACUGCAAAGGUAAUGGUGCAAGUGCAACGUGCGAAUGCCUCCCUGGGUUUAAGAGGACUGGCACCACCUGUUCAGGGGAUGUGUGCUCUACAAACGUGUGUCACCCUAAUGCUGAGUGUAUGAACCUGGACGGGAGGAAUUACCAGUGUACGUGUAAAGAUGGUUACCAAGGAGAUGGAAAGCUUUGUACCCCGAUCAAUCCAUGUGACAUGAACAAUGGAGGCUGCCCUACCAAUUCCACCAACUGUGUCUAUGUCAGCCCUGCAAAGUCUCGAUGUGAAUGUAAAAGCGGAACGGAGGGCUCCUCUCCCUCACAGGGCUGCAGGCCAAAGAAAGGCUGUGAUGGCAGCACAUGUCACAGUACUGCCAAGUGCCAGAUCGGUGCAGAUGCUAUCCCCAUAUGCUCUUGUGCUAAGGAGCAAAUUGGCAAUGGCAGACGUUGCUAUGGCAACAUCAUGGAGAGGAUCUUGGAGCUGGACAGAGGCGAAACCCUGAAAGGAAAACUCUCUGCCUCCAUCGCCACAUUCGAGAAUGGAUGCCAGCUUAUACUGACAAAACAUGGACCAUUCACUGUCUUCAUUCCACUUCUCAGCUUGUCACCUACACAGGAUGUCCCAGAUGCUGUCUUUUGCAAGAACCACAUAAUUCUUGGGCAGUAUCUCAUGAGUGAAUUGCAAAGCAAGGAGUACUGGCUGCUUUCCGGAAAAUCUAUUAAUUUCCAGAAUAACAAGAAAUUCACCAUUGCACAGGCUUCGUUCCAAGAUUUCAGUGUUGUGCACAGUGACAUUCCAGCAGCCAAUGGGAUUAUCCAUAUCAUUGACAAGCCAAUCAUCAAAUCGUACCCAAACAGGAAUAUUGAUGAGAAGUAUGCUAAGAUGAACAUCGGGAGUAUUGUUGCUUCAGAAAAUGAUUUCAACCGUUUUCAGUCAUUAGUAGAUAACUGUGGUGCAGAUAUUCCAUUAAAGGGUCCUGGGCCCCUCACCGUGUUUGUCCCCACAAACGAGGCUAUAGACCGUGCCAGGGAUGGGAGUUUCAUAUACAUGCUGUCACAGGCCAAAGACAAGCUUCAGAAGCUUCUGAAGCAUCACAUCUUCUCCAUGGCAGCGGUUACAGUGGAACAACUGGCUACCAUGACAGAAUUCCAGACCAUGGCCCAUGAGACCAUCACAGUUAACAUUGCCAAGAAUGCAAGAAUCUUUCUGACUGAAAAAAAGAUCAAUUUAGAUUACAGAGAAAUUGUAGCAUCCAAUGGAAUCAUCCAUGUCAUUGACGGUGUCUUCAUCCCUCCAUCCAUCGUUCCUAUUUUGCCACACAGGUGUGAUAAGAAUGAGAGCCAAAUACUUGAGGGAAGCUGUACAAGAUGCAGUCACCUGAAUGAGACUCACUGCCCAUCUGGAAGCACUGAACUGACAAGUUAUCGAAGGGACUGUGAAUACUCAACCUCUCCUGACUUUCUGAUGCUCAGCAGUGGGGGCUGUGCCAAAUACUGCAAUACGACUCGAGUGCAACCAGACUGCUGCCCAGGCUUCUACGGACCUGACUGUAAACCUUGCAUCGGUGGUUUUGAAACCCCUUGUUAUGGCAAAGGGACUUGCGAUGAUGGCAUUAAUGGCGAUGGCUCCUGCAAAUGCAUCCCAGGCUUCACAGGAAUUGCUUGCCACCUCUGCUCUGACCCGAAAAAGCAUGGAGAGAACUGUAAUGAAGACUGCCGAUGCGUGCAUGGAAAUUGCGACAACAGGCCGAACAGCAAUGGGGUGUGUCGGGCAGGGUCCUGCCAGGAGGGGUACCAUGGUGAUUUCUGUGAGCAGGAGCUCACUCAAUGCUCUGCCACAUGUCACCCCAAUGGUUAUUGCCAUCGUUUCGAGAAUGGGACAUCAAGCUGCAUCUGUGAACCAGGGUUCGACGGCGAUGGAUACUCCUGUCUCCCUAGCAACCCUUGCCUCAAACCUGACAGGGGCGGCUGUAAUCUAAAUGCCAAGUGUGUACAUGCUGGCCCAGGGAACACCUCGUGUAUUUGCAAUGAAGGCUGGAUGGGCGACGGGCUGGUCUGCACUGAAAUAAACAACUGCCUCCUGAAUGACAGAGGGGGCUGUCACCUCCAAGCGGACUGCAAGCCCACCGGCCCCGGUCAGAACAAGUGCACAUGUAAGUCUGGCUACAUGGGAGAUGGGCGCAGAUGUGACUUGAUCAACCCCUGCCGCACAAACAAUGGAGGCUGCCAUAACCUGGCCGCUUGCAAACUGCAGUCGAAUGGGACAGCUGUGUGUACCUGUUCCCCUGGCUUCUCUGGGAAUGGAAAAGUGUGCUAUGGUGACUUAUUUAUGGAACUCGUUUUGAGGACAGAAUUUUCUCAUUUUUAUAGCUUGAUACAGAAAUCCACUGAUUUUGAUACCCUGGAAAAUGUAACGGCCCUGGUGCCUUCAUACAGGGCUUUUCGGAGUUUAAGCAAAGCAGAGGCAGACUUCUGGCUUGACCCAUUCAGACUUCCAUUCUUUCUUAAGGUGCACUUUUUAGAUGGUGUAUUUACCCUUGAGGACAUGGAGCAGAGAGUCAACACAAAAUUGUCAACACUUAACGAAAAAACUAAAUGGGAAAUAAAGAAUAAAAGCGGGGAGAUCAUGGUGGAGAAUGCCACUAUCGUCGCACCAGACAUAAAAGCCACAAAUGGAUUCAUCCACAUCAUUGAUACGGUAUUAAGACCCCCCCUGUCAGACAUCCCACCGGACCCCCCUGGCUUGAUGGAGUUUUUCAACAGUACCCCAGAAUUUAGCCUCUUCCAACAAGCAAUUGUGUUUUACAACCUGACAAAUGUAAUUCAUGAGAAAAAAUACACCAUCCUCAUACCAACAAAUGAAGCCAUCAAACAGUAUUUCAACAGUACAAAUGUCACGCAAAUGGAUUUAGAUUUGGUUAAAUACCAUGUUAUUGUCAAUGCUGUACUCACACCGAUGGAUCUGAAAAAUGGCCUCAUGAAAGCUACGCUACUGGGCUCCACCUAUGAAAUGAUGUUUCACGCUAAUGAUCAAGGCGAGAUUUUCGCAAAUGAUGUUCUUCUCAAUGGAAACUUCAAUGCAACCAAAGAUGGAAUUGUCACGGGCAUUCUUCACGUUUUAGAAAUUCACAAAAACUACUGUAACAAGGUGGUUUCCAUAAAAACCAAGGGAAAGUGCGGCGCUUGUGAGGAGAAACCCAAAUGUGCAUUCUUCAAAGACAAACCGCUGGAUAUAAAGUUUCCUUCAAACAUGAAACCCAACUGCAAAUACACGUCCCGAGGUGCAUUCAAGAGAAUAUCCAUCGCAGGCUGUAUCAUGGAAUGCCUGAAGACAACUGUGGAUCAUUCUUGCUGUUCUGGGUACUUUGGUCCCAUGUGCCUCAAAUGCCCAGGAAAGGUGGAGAAGUGGUGUUCUAACCACGGCAAAUGCCUAGACGGGCUCCAUGGUAGCGGCAAGUGCGAGUGUGAUGAGGGGUUUAACGGCACCGCCUGCGAGACAUGCAAGCCAGGGAGAUACGGUCCAGACUGCAAAUCAGUUUGUCAGUGUGAUCAUGGGCGGUGUCAGGACGGCAUUAGCGGGGAUGGGCGUUGUCUCUGCCAUAAAGGCUGGAAAGGACCCUCAUGUUCUGUAGAAAUCAAGAACGAUGAAUGUGGUGGCACUUGUCAUCAGUUUGCAAACUGUAUCACGGGAGUACCAGGAACAGCUCCUACUUGCUCCUGUAUCGCUGGUUACCAAGGUAACGGAACAUCUUGCAAAGAGAUCAAUCCAUGUGAUAGCAACAAUGGCGGCUGCUCGGAAUUUGCAAACUGCACCAAGACGUCUCCAGGGGAAAGGCUCUGCAAGUGCCAGACAGGCUACACAGGAGAUGGCCUUGUGUGCCUGGAAGUUGACCCGUGCUCAGAAUACAAUGGAGGGUGCCACGAAAAAGCUGAUUGCGUUAAAACUGGCCCUGGCCAAGCGGCCUGCAUUUGCAAAAUGGGCUACAGUGGAAAUGGGCGUUACUGCUACCCAGUGAACCCCUGCAGAACGGCAAAUGGGGGCUGUGAUAGGAAUGCCUGGUGUGAGUAUUCAGGCCCAGGGGAGAGGACCUGCAAGUGUAGAAUCAACUUUAUAGGAGAUGGUUUAACCUGCAAAGGGAGCAUCUUUUACGAAAUCAUGCAUCACCCAGUUGCAUCCUGGUUCAACAGGAAACUGACGCUUUCUAAGCUCAAUGAAUUAUCAGGAAGCGGACCUUUCACGGUGUUUGUCCCAUCUGGAUAUUUCAGUGACAAUUUUACGGCAGCUUGGGACAAUGCCAGUCGAACUGCAGACCUGCUGAGGUACCACAUAGUGAGCUGUGAGCAACUGGAUGUAUCCAGCCUCAAGUCAAUCGACAAGGUGGUCGCCGUUUCUGGACACCAGCUGACUUUCAAUGUCCGAGAGGAUGUUGUUUACAUCAACAACAAAACAAAAAUCAUCACCAGCGACUACAUCACAGCUAAUGGCAUCAUACAUUUCAUUGACAAUGUCCUGAUCCCCUAUGACCUUCAGAACAAAAGCACCUUGCCAUCUUCGUCUUUGAACAUCACAGCUGCAGCAGAAGCCUAUGGGUAUCACAUCUUCAGCAAGCUGCUCCAGGAUGCUGGUUUGAUGAGCAUGAUCGAGAAUCAAAUACAUCACCCAUUCACGAUGCUCUGGCCAUCUGACGAAGUCUUCAAUUCCUUUCCUGAGGAACGGAAAUUAUGGCUGUACAGUGCUGACCAUAAGGAUAAACUGGCUGCUUACCUCAAAGCUCAUAUCAUCCGUGGCACCAAACUCAAAGCAGUGAAUCUCCCCAGUGAUGACAGUGUCAGGACCAUGUAUGGUUCAACUGUUACUUUCAGCUGUGACAGACAGUUAGUUGGAGGCAUUGUGGUUGACAAUGGAAAUGCCAAAAUAAUCAGUCGUAACCUGGAAUUUGAUGUGGGAAUCGCCCAUGGCAUCGACGAGCUCCUUGAGCCUCCCGAUCUAGGAGCACGUUGUGAUGCCUUCAAAGAGACAAAGGUUCAGGGUAGGUGCGGCACCUGUAUGUUUAUACCCUCCUGUCCAUAUGGAUUCACAUUCCUUAGCAACACGAAGACGUGCAUGUAUAACAGGUACUCGACGCUGCCGAUGUAUUCCAGAUAUCGGUACAACAGGCUCAGCUAUGACAUAUACCAUAGGCUUAAUAGUAGAAGGCAGACUGGGUGUAGCAGAGAAUGUGGAAAGUCAGAUUGGACUCCCCAGUGUUGCAAAAACCACUAUGGAAGAAACUGUCAAGUGUGUGCUGGGGGGUUGGAGGCUCCCUGUGGGAAUCAUGGAGCCUGUGAUGAUGGCUGGCAGGGCACUGGGAACUGCACGUGCGACGCUGGCUUCAGAGGCACCGCCUGCGAGUUGUGUAUACCCAACCACUACGGUCCCGACUGCAGAGAAUGCGCCUGUACGGUCCACGGCGAAUGUCAGGAUGGCAUGCAGGGAAGCGGGAGCUGCUUCUGCCGCCAAGGCUGGACUGGGGCGCACUGUGAGGUUGAGAUGGAAGUGAUACCUGUUUGCACCCCAGAAUGUCACCCCAAUGCAGUGUGUCAACCCCACAAUACAUGCCAGUGUGACUUAUUGUAUGAAGGGGAUGGCUGGAACUGCACCGCCCCUGAUCUGUGCAGUGACCAUAACGGCGGCUGUCACAUGUACGCGAACUGCACCCAGACCGGCGUCAAUGUCAGCUGCUCAUGCCGGUCUGGCUACACCGGUGACGGGGUCUUCUGCUCCGCCAUCAACAGAUGUCUCAUGGAGGAAAAUGGUGGCUGCAGUGAAUUCGCCACGUGCAUAUUUACUGGUCCAAAUGAAAGGAAUUGUGAGUGUCUUCCUGGCUUUGUCGGAAAUGGCAUCCAGUGCUUGGAGCAGAUGGUGCCCCCUGUUGACCGCUGUCUGGAAGACAAUGGGGACUGUGACCCAAAAGCAGACUGCAAGGACUUGCACUUCCACGAAAACACUGCGGGGGUGUUUCAUCUGAGAUCACCUGCGGGAAAGUACAAGCUGAACUACACAGAGGCCAAAGCGGCGUGUGAAGAUGAGGGAGCCGCCUUGGCCACCCUCUCCCAGCUGUCGGCUGCUCAACAGCUCGGGAUGCACUUGUGUAUGGCCGGAUGGAUGAAUGGCACCCAGAUCGGCUACCCCAUCACGUCCCCUUCCACUAAAUGUGGUGACAAUCACGUGGGCAUUGUCCUGUACAGCAAUCCGACUGCGACCAGCAAAUAUGAUGCAUACUGCUACCGGAUGAAAGAUGUGUCCUGCAAGUGUGGCUCACAAUACAUAGGAGAUGGGUACAAUUGUAAUGGAGACCUGGCAAGCGUCGUGGCCACAAAUGCGAAUUUCUCUACGUUCUAUUCUAUAUUGCUGAACUACUCAGAUUCUGCAGAGGGACAGGACGUCUUGACUCUGCUGUCAGCCAAUGGAUCGCCUGUAACGCUGUUUGUGCCACACAAUUCAGGAUUUUAUAAUGAGACUUUGUCAUUGAGGGAUUUGGAGUAUCAUAUCUCUGCAAACAACAGCAUUCACUUCUACAAUGAUCUGAAGCACAAUGACAUUAUCGCUUCUCAACUGGGCUACAAUCUCACAGUAGUGGUGUCUUCUUUUACGGCAUCCCAAGACACCAAACUGGUAAACGAGAGGCUGAUAGUUGACUGGGAUAUCCUAGCAAUCAAUGGAAUCAUCCAUGUCCUUGACAGACCCUUAAAAGCUCCGCCUCCCCCAGUGUUGCCCCAAGUUGCUCCUGCCUCUCCCUACACAUCAAAGAAGGCAAUAUUAGCGUCUGUCUUCACGAUAUGCCUCGUGGUCCUGAUUGCUGGACUGGGGUACUACAUCUUUAAACAGAAGAAUGACCCCUUCCGCUUUCAGUACUUUAAGGACUAUGCAGAGGACGAUACAGCAGCCGGAGGUGAUUGCAGUCCAACCCUGAUGUCGAUUCCUAACCCGCUGUACAGUGGCCAAAAUGCGUUCCUCGAACCCUUUGAUGUCAGCGAGGAUACAGAGUUUCAUUAAAGCAUUUCAUUCUCAAUACCUCAGUUAGCUUCUGCUCUGAAUAAAUACUUGUAAAAUGUGAAAAGAGCUUUUACGCGUUCUGUAACAUUUAUUAUUCUUAGCAUUGUUUACAAUUGUAACUAUUCAAGUAAUGAAAUGCUGAAAUUUUAUUUUUCAUAAUUACAUAACUAGUGAUGAUUGACUGUAUGAGGAACAAAGUGUUCUGCUAUAAAACAAAAUUGCACAUAAAUGAAUGAAAAUGGCAUUAAAACAAGCAGAGUGCGUUGGGGUGGCACUGCCCAGUGAACAUAA